AUGACUGAGAUCUUCAAUUCAACGACACUCACCGCCAUUGGUGGUCCAGGACUAAUGACAGUAUAUACCAACAUUACCAAGAGCCAAACGCAACUCAAUUUCCUGGAACAGAUGUGGGCUGCAUGGUACGCUUACAUGGGCAAUGAUACUCUGGCCACGGGAUUGUUGUUCUUCCUAACGCAUGAACUGAUGUACUUUGGAAGAUGCUUGCCAUGGUAUAUCAUUGGAAAAAUUAGCUUUUUCAACAGAUGGAAGAUUCAGCCCUCGUAUAUACCAUCGGACAAAGAGCAAUGGGAAUGUCUGAAAAGCGUUUUGAAAUCCCACUUCCUGGUAGAGGCCCUGCCCAUAUGGACCUUUCAUCCACUGUGUGUGAAACUUGGGAUCUCAGUGGCAGUACCUUUCCCCAGAAUCACUACAAUGGCCCUGCAAUGGGCCCUGUUUUUUGUGCUUGAAGACUGCUGGCAUUACUGGGCUCACAGACUAUUCCAUUAUGGUCCUUUCUACAAGCUCAUUCAUAAGCAACACCACCGCUACGCGGCUCCAUUUGGACUCACUGCAGAGUAUGCCCAUCCAAUAGAGGUUAUGUCGCUUGGAUUUGGAACUGUGGGGUUUCCCAUAAUUUACGCCUAUAUAACUGGCGACUUACAUCUCUUUACUGUUACACUAUGGGUGGUAAUGAGACUGUUCCAAGCAGUCGACGCUCAUUCGGGCUACGAGUUUCCAUGGUCUCUUCACCAUUUUGUGCCCUUUUGGGCAGGAUCUGAUCAUCAUGAUCUCCAUCAUCAUUACUUCAUUGGGAACUAUGCUUCAAGUUUCAGAUGGUGGGACUAUACAUUGGACACGGAAGCUGGGCCGGAAGCAAAGAAGGAUAGGGAAAGAAGAAUGAAAGCAAAGCAGGGGCCAAACGGCAUCAAGACAAAAGCUUUCAAAUGA